UCGGAUUGCGCACUGUAACAAAUGCCAACAUGUGCGAUGACAGACCCGGUCGCCGGCAGAUGUCGCGCACGUUGGGACCCCUGCUGCCCCCAUUGUUCUUAUUGAUCAAAAAUCUGGUCAUUUGCUCUGUGGACCAGGGGGUGUGGAGUGGAACGCCAAGGUGCGAGUUCGACCGUGUCAUCCACUUGUGCCCUCUCCCGUCUCCGGCCUUCUUGACUAUGUCUUGACACCAGGUACAGGUGGGUUAGGAGGAGGAAGUACGGUAGAUGCUGUGCAAGUCUAAUAUCGAUAUAAAUUAAUUCACGCGCAAGUAGACAUCCCUGCCCUACCCUUCUUUGGUGCAUACGGUGAACAUCGUGCGACGCGAUUGUCGAACUGUCGUGUGUGUAUGUGUGGAGUGGCGGGCUGGUGGGUCGAGAGCCAGGCUGUAACGGCUCCUUCUUAACGUGAACUACGGCACUCUCACGCAUGUGAGAUGUACGCCGUCCAACUCCCGUUGUGUGAAUCCUGGUGCUUUUAUUUGAAGGUGCCAGGUUGUGCAUAUGGCACGCGCAGACAAGGUCGCUAGACUAUGUCAGCCGUCGCGCCCAUUCUCCGCUGCAGUCAGGUGACCGGUUUGGGCAGUGACUGGGGCCUGGGAAUGGGAUGGGAGCGUGAGGUCCAUGACUCAGUGUAUUUUCGUCACUAUAAGCAAUCUGACGCACUUGAAGCUCUCACGGUGCGCUAAAAGCCGUGGCUUGGUAGAUUGCCAACUGACGGGAUAACUUAGAAUUCACAGUCGACCAAGUGUUGUGCGUUUGAGUGCAGCGGCCGGCUUGUGGUUUAAGAGUCAAGCUGUAAUGGCUCCUUUUUAAAGUGGCAUUUAUGGCACUACCGGUCAAGCCAGAUGUGACGGCACGCCUAGAUGCGGUUUCGGUCGCGCCAUGUGGAUGAUGCGUCCGAGUCCGCACCUUGGGGCUCCACUCCAUACCUCUGGUCUACACAGCACCACAAUGGGUCAGAAGGACGAGGAUGACUGGACAGCCAUGCUCACGACCUGUAUACCCAGUGGGAGCGCAAGUGCAUCCACCGACAAGGAAUCAGGUGCAAGAGAACUGCCAGAGCGCAUUAAGCUGCGAAUGCCACGGUGUGUUCAUCAUGGCAUAACAGACACUCACAAUCCUUGAGGCCAGAUGAAAUAUACGGUAAUAUUAUAAACCAAUGAAGCUGUCUUGGUAGAAAGAGCUGCUAACCACUUACUCACACUUCCGUGUAAUCCGUCAAGGUUGCUUCAAAAGGUACUGGGUUUGGUUUUGUCUCAAAAACAUUGUGUUUUGUGCACUGUCUGUCUUCAUAGGGUGCUCGACCAAGUAUACGGUUCCAGGCUCUGGAUACAAACUAUAAGCUGCUUAAGCAAACAAUUAAUAAAAAUUGCAAUAUUCACGGUGACUGACCGCAACCACAUUCAACAAUAUCUAUCUAACACUGCAUCGAAGGGAUCAUUUCCCUACGCCUAAACUCCAUAGACAUUAAGUUGAAAAACCAGAACUAUUGGAAAACACCAUUGUGUCGUGGUAACAAGCAUUCAUUUUGAAGCUGAUGCACAAGACCUAGAGCGGUUACGGGCUAUUCUAUGAAUAAACAGAUGGAAUAGAACCGUCAAGUAUCUUCAGGAAUUCACCAGUCAAAUCCUUCUACCCAACUCCCUAUUUCGUUCAUCAACACCGGUCCACGCGUCCAUUAAGCCAAGUUGACUGACAAGUAACAAUUUGCAAUCGAGCUCCACUCAGGCAAUGUGAACCGUGACAUAGAAAUCGCAUUUGUUCUGUAGAUGGUGCUUACAGAUAAGCACUUAUUUUUGUGUUUCGGAGGGCAACUUGGCUGGCAUACGCUUGUUCUAAUUCCGCAGUGUGUGAACGUAGUGAGGGUGAAUGUGAAUGGACAAGCGGUGAGGGAUAAGUCUGGUUGACUAAUGGUGGUGCUUAGGAGGAGUUGAAGGGGGGAGUGAGGAGGGGUCUAAGCUGACAGUAUGAAAUUGGGGUACAUGCAACCUGAUAUAAGUCACAUUAUGCAGACUAACUAAUGGACUGUUGGACAUGGUAGCUGCGGGAUCUGUAAGGAAUACUUCUGUGCGUGCAGGAUCAGCUUGCUUGGUCUAUUGCUCUCUGCUACCUGUUUGAGACUCAGUAUAGCACCUGACAGACUUCCUUUGUGAAUAUGUGGUGGUCAAUGUUAAGCAGCUGUGCAAGACCGGAUCCUUUGUUAGACUAUGUUCCUUUACCUGAUUCAUUCAUGCUGAACUGGGAGCCUGACGAAGAGGAUGCCGUAUGGUGUGGUGAUGUGGCUCGGAUUGUUGAACUGUUUAUUUAUUUUAUUGCGAAGGAGGCGGUCGGCGUAGGCUUUUUUCGCGGAGCACAUUCGUAUGAUUACCUAAUUCGCUCUCACUGGUCUUAGGCAAACAUAUACUUAGAGCCGUGUUGGGUAAUCAAAAGGUCCGGUCGCGUUGUUGAUUCUGCAGAGGUACUGCUGAAGUUUACGCAUUGCCCUUAUCAGUUCCCAUUUAGACAAACGCAUUUUUGGAUUACACAAUGGAGUCCUUUAUUUAGAAAACAUCCCCGCUUGCUACAUUGCGAGUUGAGCUUCCUCGGAGUGGGUCUUGAAAUGCACUGACGGGUUAAAUUCCAUGCUCGUGCAUAUUUUUGACAUGAGUCUAUUUAAAGGUACUGAGCAGACUAUCCUGUCCACAAGCACAACAAAUGUGGUCAGCUGGUGAAUGAUGUAUGUCCCAAUUUUGCUGAAGGGGACUCAUUUAUGUAUCCUCAUGUUUAUAUGGAUGCUAUUCCUAAUGCCCAUAAAUUAUUUCGUCAGAUGUAGGUGGUGUCGCGAACUUUGUCAGCAAUAGUAAUAUAAGUACAAUAAUCAGACUACUUAAAGAAGCCUUUAAACGAGCUGUACAUUCAGAUAGCUGCAAUAUAUCGGGGAUAGGGGCCGACAGCCAUUCCUUGCUUUGAUUAAAACACUCUAAAUAAGGCCCAAGUAAUGAAAUUCAAUAAAUUUGUUUUAUCCACUGUACUCGGCAUAGUAGUAUGUAAUGAGUACGCAUUACCAACUCAGCCACUUUUUUCCAGAUGCGAGUUGCCCAGAGGGCAAAACUGGCAAUCAGUCAAAAGCCAGCAUAACGUCGUGUAAGAAGUAAGUUACAUUUACGUGCUGGAAAACCGUGUUUUAAGAGACAACAGAUUAGUUAUAUACUUCCGAUCCCGCCUAAAAUUUCCCACAUCCAUCGCUGUUGUCUGAAGGUGACAUAAUGUAUAGGGUAAAACCUUUGGUGAAAGAUGCACCUAAAAUUUUCUGUACUUUCAAUGCAUUCUGGCUCAUGAUCCAGAGUACCUUAUGAGUAACAUGUUUAAUUUGCACUCUAUAGGAUGGGGCUUGCAGAUAUCGUCGGGACCUGGUUGUGGCCAAUGUGACUGGAUAUUCGGAACUGCCAGAGGGCGAUGAAGGAAGUCUUCAGAGGGCUGUUGCAACCAUAGGCCCAAUAUCUGUCGGAAUCGAUGCUGCCGAUCCUGGGUUUAUGUCUUACAGGUCAGAUUAUGGCAAGAUUGAUCAGUGUUUCGACGGACAUUGUUAUUUUAAAACUCUCAGACCCACACUUUCGCCCAGACUUUGUGAUGACAACACUGAUUCUUUCGGUCCUUGUCGUUGUUUAGAGUUUUGGUUAGUCUUUGCGGCAGGAAACCGAGGAUGGAAUAGAAGCAAUGGCUGUGCAAGUGGUUCAUAGUGGACACCGUAACGCCAGACUCUCUCUCUCUCUACCCCCACCUUCUUUGUUGCAGCAACUCAUCAGCCAGUUUGUGAAAAGAAACAAAUUCGUGUCAGUUAAGCAAGAUCAGACAUAAAUUAAGUGUAAAGGCUGUCAUAACGAAUAAUAGAGGAUUCUGGUUCGCUGAAAUUACAACCCAUGCUUAUCCUCUUAACCCAGCAAGAAUAGCCCAUUUGUCAAGGAAAGACCUUACAACAUUCCAUGACGCAUCGAUUUUUAGAUUAGCCUAGACAAGCAUAAGAAGAUUUAAUAAUCAGUAGGCUUCAUCUUACACUGAGUUCAUGACACUAAUUCAACUCUUUUUUUAGCCACGGCGUUUUUGUUAGCAAAACCUGCUCGCCAUAUACAAUUGACCAUGGAGUUCUGGUUAUCGGCUACGGAACGGAAGGUGGUCAGCCAUACUGGUUAGUAAAGAACAGCUGGGGACGCUCCUGGGGUGAGAACGGGUACGUCAAAAUGGCCCGCAACAAAAACAACAUGUGUGGAAUAGCCAGCAUGGCAAGCUAUCCAAUCGUGUAA